AUGAAUAAAGGAUAUAUUAAGAUUACUUUGGCACUUUUAAGUCUCGCAGGAUAUACGCAAAAUGUAGCAUUUGCAAGCGAACAUGAUGUAGAUGUUACUAUUAAGACCAACCCCUCACGCCAAAAAACAAUAUUUGAGGAAUUCCCAAACUUGGUAUGUGAAGAUAUUGAUGAAGCUUUAUUAGCAAUGAAUCAUGCAACAGAUGAUUCAGAACUUUUAAUAAAGCUUUCUGAGACUGGUAUAGACGAUUAUUCGGCCUAUUAUACAGAAGAUGGAGACAAAACUAUAUAUUCUAAGAAAAUUGGAAAUAUGGAUAUUGGAAGAUUUCAUCUUACGAUCCCAUCUGCCUCUAACUACUCUAACGUAUUAAAGAAACUCUGGGAUUUCAAUCAUAACAAAAAACCCUAUGAAAAGUUUAUUAAUGGAAAUCUUGUUCGUGUAUACUGCAAAUAUUUAAUCAUGGUUGAAAAGCUUAACACAGAUUCUAAUUAUACACCCCUCACAAAAAAAUAUGCUUUAGCCGCAAAAGUUAAAGUAAGGGAAUUUUUUUCCAUUAUUCAUAUUAUUAUACAUAUUAUACAUUAA